AUGGAUAUCCCUUACAGAAAGAUUUUAAUUUACAUGUUAACGUUUGCUGCAUAUGCUUAUACUGGUAUAGGAUCUACUAUGCUUAGAAAUCUUAAAGAUGCAGUUUUAUCAGCAGAAUCAGUUUUCGGUGAUGUGUUUAAAAAUGUCAUUACUGUAGCAGAAAAAUUCAAGUCACUGCACGAUAUUUUUGAUGCUGCUGUAGAAGAAGACUGUAUAUUUUUAUGUCCUGGGGGCAACAAGCCUGUUCGCAAUAGAAAUCAUUCUCCAAAAUCUGAUGGCUGUGGCUCAUUGGGGUUUGAGAUAUCUUCUGAGUAUUUGCCACUUGAACAAAUGACAAAAUGUUGUGAUGUACAUGAUAUUUGUUACGAUACAUGUAAUAGUGGAAAAGAAAUCUGUGAUUUGGAGUUUAAGAGAUGUCUUUACAGUUACUGUGAUACAUAUAAAAGUAUUAAUGUUGCUGCCGAUGCAAUUACAAAAGGAUGCAAGGGUGCUGCAAAGUUAUUGUUUACUGGAACACUGACAUUAGGCUGCAAAUCAUAUUUAGAUGCUCAAAACAAGGCCUGCUAUUGUCCUCCAACAAAAAACAGAAAUAAAAAAUAUGCAACAGGAAAUGGGGACUUAUGA